UAAGCGACCACAACAACAGUAGUAGUAUUCGUGUGGGCAUAAAAACGGUUCAGUGCGGCAAGUCUCCCUCUAACAUACGCAUUUAUUUAGUCGCCGCUCCUCUAUCUACAGUACAAGACAACAAACACUUUUGAAACCUUGCCAUUCUCAACAUAAACGCGUCUCCCAACAUUUGUACUCGUGCAGUCAUCGGGAGGAUAGAGCCUUUACGCAAACUGCAUAGAUGUAAUAGGACCCAUUAUCUGGACAGAUGUAAUAGGACCCAUUAUCACCACACCAGAAAUAAAUAUCUCUUUGAUAUCCCCAGAGUUAAACUUAAUCUGUGUAAACACUCUAUGCAAAUAAAGGGACCCAGUUUAUGGAACUCACUCCCUACUGAAUUUUCAACUACCCAGAGUUCACAGGCUGCCUGAUGCCUUAUCAUCUGGGAUCACUGGGUGUUGAUAGUUAUUGUGCUGGUUUUCUGUAUAGGGUUGGGUGCAUUGCUUGCUUUCCUGUGGAAUCUAGAUGGUAUCAUGAAACAUUUGCCUAACAGUAUGUUCAUCUAUUUUAAGGUACAGUAGAUUUUCACCAAGCAAGGACGUGUAUAUACAGUAUACACAAGGCUUGGUUUACCCUACAGAUAAAUUGCAUUGGCCAUAACGAAAAAGCUUUACAUGAAACAUCUCCAUAUCAACAUAUUUAGCUCUAUCAAAUGCUCACAUCAACUGUACACAUAUCCAAGACAACAUUCAAGCCUGAAGGAUGGUACUAAAACUGGCCAUAAUUUAUGACAUCCUACCCUGUGUGCAUGAUGUGUAAUGUUAUGGUUUUAACUCAGACAUUUUAGAUAAUACUGGCCACCUUUUCUAUAGUCGUCGGGAUAAGAAGUCUUCACAAAAUCCAUUACAAAGAAGAAUAUAUAAUAAUUUUAAUCAAAAUACACCAUGUCAAAAACAAACGUCGGAAAAAUUUUCAGGAAAACAGAAAUACCUGCUCCACGGACAUUGCUUUUAACAGACACGAGUGAGGUUUGUGGCAGAGGAUUGCUGUAUGCUCUUGUGAACUCGCACCUUCGCUCUGCCAUCUCUGUUCUCUACCUCUCCACGUCUUUGCCUUGUGAGGAAAUAAAGCAGUUUAUGAAGGAAGAAUCCUCAGCAAAAAUAGAAUUUCUUGAUGUUGCUAGUGAUCCCUGUGGUUGGGAUAAUGAUAAACCAGAAAUAUCACUACAGCAGCCACUACACGAAAUAUUCAGAAACAGACAUAUUGGUAUUGGUGGUGGGAAACAAAGAGUGGCAUUGGUGAUUGACAAGCUUGAAGAUGUAACUCGUCAUCAGGACUCUCUGGAUGUUAUAAGAAGCUUACAUUUGCUGUCUGGAGGAGAUAAUAUUGAGCAGCUAAUUUUGUACUGUGGACGGGACAUCAUGCCCGAGAGCACGCUAUCUGCCGUUUGUCACAUUACUGCUGCAGUGGUUCAUGUACUGCCCACCAACCCAUGCAGCUGCAGGAUCAUUUUGAGGAAGCCUUCUGGGAAAAUAAUUAAGCAUGAAGAAUUUUCUUUAACUCAAGAUUUACAAGUGCAAGAUAUACAUUUGACAAAGUCUAAAGAAGCAUCAUGUUCACUUGAGAGUGCAAAUGCAGUUGCCAUCUUGGCUGCACAGACAACUUUUAAUCUUUCCCUCACAGAUGAUCAGCGAGUAGCAAAGAAUAAUCUGCUGCUUCCUCACACCAGGAUUCAAUCACAAGGAGGAGAGAUUCACUACACUCCUGACGAUGUUGAUGAUUGGGAUGAAGAGGAUCCUGAUGACGACUUAAACAUAUAGGCACUAAUUGAAGUUGAAAUGCAAGGUUUUAAUUUAUUAAUAUACUGGCAUUAAACUAAGUUAAAACUCGAGUAAUUAGAAGAAAUGUAAUAGUUACCGACUUCUGUGCUCUUCCUUCCGCCCUUUCAGUUUUACUUCUCCCCUUCACUCUUUUUAAGGUACAUUUGAGAGAACAUAAAAAGCAUGAAGCCUUUAUGCUAAGACUAUUAUUGUAACUAAUGAAUACCUUGUACAGAGUUGAGAGUAAGAUGUCUUAUAAUAAAUACUGUACUAUAUGGUCAAUUUGUUUUUAAAUUGAACAUCUAAAGUGGAAUAAAAUGCCCCAUUCCAAGUCGAUCUUUUGGUUAGCUCCACGGUUGACCAUUUCUUAUCAUAUUAGACCAAAUUAAUUUACAUGGUAUACUUUGUCCCUGAGCUGAAGUAAGAAAUUCUGUAAAUGCAUUAUAAUUUGAGGUUAUUACAGUAUAAUCAAGUGUCAAGUCACCCACUCCUGGAGUUAUAUAUAAUACCCCAGGAGUGGCCCCGCCUAUGUUCACAUUAACCCAUCUCCUUCCUAAGUUACUCUUCAAUCCUUUAAAAUCAAUUAUGUAAAUCUGGCACCCUGGUGCAACUUUCCCCAUGCCUUGUUGAAUCUGAUUUUCUUGUGAUCACUAUUCUUAAACUCAUUCCCUACUUCAAUGAUCAUUAGUGUCAUUGCCAGAACUAAUAAUUUUCUUGUGUUGGCUUCAUCAUUUAAGAAAUCAAUCUAAUUCUAAACAAGUCUCUCUCUGCAUUCUCCAUUUUAUUAGUCCAGGUAAUUCUACUAAAAUUAAAGUUAUCUGUUAUGCAAACAUUUAGACCUAGAUAUUUCUGAAUAGAUAUAAUUUCAAUUU